AUGGCUGACGAACAUCAAUCAACAUCAGCAUCUGAUCAUCCAAAUGUCUUAACAACAACUACUGAUAAUAAAACAUCAAAUUCAAUUAAAAAAAGUGAACCUCAUAGAGAAAAUACACUUUAUACUGAACCUAUACCAAAAUGUUAUAUCGGUGUUGGAAAUAAUCCGGAAUUAAUUGAAAGUAUUUUAACAUCAGCUGGAUAUGAACGUCAAACCGAAAGAACAGAUGAUUUUAAAUUAAAAUGGGUUCAAUGUAAUUCAAGUAUUAAUUGGAAUGUAUUUAAAGAUGGUGAACAAUUGGUUAAUCAUAUUCAAGGUGAAGAUUAUUUUACAACAAAAAUUCAAUUAUGGCAAUCAUUACAAUCAUAUGAAAAAAUAACAUUAGCAGCAAAUAGACGUCCCAAUUAUUUUUUACCUUUAAAUGAAUUUGUUCCUGAAACAUAUAAAUUAGAUGAAAAAAAUGAUCGAGAUGCUUUUUUUAAUAUUCAUAAACCUGGUGAUGUAUGGAUUUGUAAACCAAGUGGACUUAAUCAGGGUAAAGGAAUUUAUCUUGUUCGAGAUAUUGACAAUUUAAAAUCGAAAUUUGCGGAAAUCGAUGCUAUGGAUAAGAAAAAACAAGUUGCACUUAAACCAAUGAAAAGAGUUAUUCAACGUUAUAUAAUGAAUCCAUUAUUAGUUCAUGGAAAAAAAUUUGAUAUUCGAUGUUUUAUGCUUGUAUCAAGUGUUAAACCACUUAUUGCUCUUUAUCAUAAAGGUUAUCUCAGACUUUCAAUGUUUGAUUUUGAUGCUAAUGAUGGAAAUCUUCUUACACAUCUUACUAAUCAGUAUAUGCAAAAAAAAGAUCCAAAAUAUUAUGAUCUUAAAGAAGAUACAUCAUGGACUAUGGAACAAUUCAAUGAUUAUAUCAAUGAACAUAUUUUACCAAAUAAAAAUAUUGAAAAAGAUUGGGUACUCAAUGUCUUACCUAAAAUAAUUCAACGUAUUAUGUUAAAUAUAAUUGAUAGUAUUAGAAUGAGAUUAAAAAGACGUGUUGGUUGUUUUGGUUUAUAUGGUUAUGAUUUUAUGAUUGAUGAAGAGAUGAAAGUUUGGUUAAUUGAAGUUAAUGUUAAUCCAGCAUUAGCAACAAAUACAAAUACACUUCUUCAAGCUAUUCCACCUGUUGUUCAAGAAUCUAUUUUAUUAUCAAUUGAAUGUUUUGAAAAGAUUCGUCAUAAUCAAAGAAUAUUUCCAUUAAGAUCAAUUAAAGGUUUUCGUUGUAUUUAUAAUGAAUUAGAAAGAAAAGGUUCAUUACCAUAUCUUGAACAAAAACGAACAACAUCAUCAUCAUCAACAAAUAUACAAAAAAAUCCUCCACAAAAUUCUUCACCAUCUAAUAAACCAAAUUUAAAUAAUUCAUUAACUAAUUCUCCAACUUCACCAAAAAUUUUACCAAAAAUAACUGAACAACAACAACAACAACAACAAACAUCUGUUACACAAAAAUCUCCAACAACAACAACAAAUGUAAUUCGUCCAAAUCAAGAACGUGCUAAAUUAACUCGUUCAUCUGAUUCAUUUAUUUCAUCAACAUCAACAUCAACACCUCCAACAACAACAACAAUAACAACAAUAACACAUGAUCCAAUGGUUAUGAGAUAUCAAACAAUUCAAAGAUAUCGAACUAAUUUUGAAAUGUUAAAACCAGCAACUGUUAUUGCUGAAGAUUGGAAAAAUUUAGAUAAAACACAAAAAGAUCGUUUAGGUGUUGGAGGUGCAAAAACUCUUGGACACGGGACAGUUGCAUCAACUUCUUCUUCACCUUCGCCUUCACCUUCAUCUCCUAUUAUUUCUAGACAACAAGAUAAUUGGCUUGUUAGUGGAAGACAACUUACAAUUGUUGAUACAAAAACACUUGGUACAUGGCUUAAAUUAAAACAACAUGAACAUAAAGAACUUGAAGAACAACAACAACAACAAGAACAAUUUCAAUCAAUAAAAGAAACAAAUAAUCAUAUUGAAAAAUCUUGUCAAACAUCAUUAGGAAUAUCAUUGGAUGUUUCAUCAUCAUCAUCUCAAACACCAACAAAUCAAAUUGAUAUUCGAUCAUCAUUAAAUCUUGUUAAUAAUCAAACAAAAAUAAAUAAAAUUCGUCCAACAUCUGCGAAAUUACGUACACAUUCUCUUUCACCAGCAGAUAAACCAUUAAAAUUAAAAGAAAAACUUAAUAACACAAAACAAGCAUGGGAAUAUGAUGAUUGGUAUAAUUUACAAGAUUUAACUGGGAUUACGAAUAAAUCAGCACUUAUUUAUCGUCUAAUGCGUUCAAGACUUGAAGCCAAUUUAGCUAAAUCAAUAACAAUGAGUAAAGAUCAAGCGAAUAAUAAGAAGAAGGUAUCCGAAUCUACGACUACAUGA